CGCCAAAAACCUUUCAUCCAAAAUAUUUAUAAUUGCCAACCACAUAUUUCUGCUGUAAUGAUCUAUCGUUUGUGUUGAAAAUAUAGGGUGUUCUUCCCAAGUUGAACCAUGGUUAUGGGCUCAGUGAUCAUGGACGAAGCUACUACCUUGGCUGAAAUGGCUCAUCGUGAAUAUCAAACGGGGAACUAUAAUCGAGCAGAACAACUGUGUAUGCAGUUAUGGAGAAGAGAUCCGUCUAAUACUGGUGUAUUACUUUUGUUAUCCUCAAUUCACUUUCAGUGUCGUCGAAUGGACAAAUCAGCUCAUUUUAGUACGCUGGCUAUAAAACAAAACCCUGUCCUUGCCGAGGCUUACUCAAAUCUUGGGAAUGUCUACAAAGAACGAGGACAGUUAAAAGAUGCUUUGGACAAUUACAGACACGCGGUUAAAUUAAAACCUGAUUUUAUCGAUGGCUAUAUCAAUUUAGCAGCAGCGUUGGUUGCUGCUGGUGACCUGGAAGGAGCCGUUCAAGCUUAUGCUACAGCACUUCAAUACAAUCCGGAUUUGUUUUGUGUUAGGAGUGAUCUAGGUAACCUUUUGAAGGCUCUUGGAAGACUAGAAGAGGCCAAGGCAUGUUAUCUAAAAGCAAUUGAAACUCAGCCAAACUUUGCUGUUGCUUGGAGCAACCUGGGGUGUGUAUUUAAUGCUCAAGGAGAAAUUUGGUUGGCCAUACAUCAUUUUGAAAAGGCUGUUCAGCUUGACCCAUCAUUUCUUGACUCCUACAUAAAUCUCGGGAAUGUCCUAAAAGAAGCAAGGAUAUUUGACAGAGCUGUUGGUGCAUAUCUCCGAGCGUUGCAAUUAAGCCCGAAUAAUGCCGUCGUUCAUGGAAAUUUAGCUUGUGUCUACUAUGAACAAGGUCUUACUGAUUUGGCCGUUGACACUUAUCGCAGAGCUAUUGAAUUACAACCAAACUUCCCUGAUGCUUAUUGCAAUCUUGCAAAUGCCUUAAAAGAACAGGGAAAGACCGAUGAAGCUGAGGAUUGUUAUAAUAUUGCCCUUCGACUGAAUCCAUCUCAUGCAGAUUCGUUGAACAAUCUUGCAAACAUAAAACGAGAGCAAGGUUUUAUAGAAGAAGCUAUCAAGCUGUAUUGCAAAGCGCUUGAGGUGUUUCCUGAGUUUGCUGCUGCUCAUUCCAAUCUUGCUAGUAUAUUACAGCAACAAGGAAAACUUCAAGAUGCCCUCAUGCACUAUAAAGAAGCAAUUAGAAUUCAUCCAACAUUUGCGGAUGCUUACUCGAAUAUGGGUAACACACUUAAAGAAAUGCAAGACAUUCAGGGAGCAAUCAACUGUUACAGUCGUGCAAUUCAGAUUAAUCCAGCAUUUGCUGACGCACACAGCAAUCUAGCCUCGGUUCACAAGGAUGCUGGUAAUAUAUCGGAAGCGAUCCAGUCAUACAAAACAGCUUUGAAACUCAAACCAGAUUUUCCCGAUGCGUAUUGUAAUUUGGCCCACUGCUUGCAGAUCAUUUGUGAUUGGACGGAUUAUGAAACAAGAAUGAAGAAAUUGAUAAAUAUUGUAAAUGAUCAGCUGGAGAAGAAUCGUCUGCCAUCCGUUCACCCGCAUCAUAGCAUGUUGUACCCUUUGACCAGUGACGUACGAAGGAAGAUUGCUAACAGACAUGGAAACUUGUGCAUUGAAAAGGUAGCACUUUUAAAAAGGCAACCAUACAAAUAUCCGAAAGAUUUGAAGAGUAGCGACGGUCGUUUGAGGAUUGGCUAUGUUUCCAGUGACUUUGGUAAUCAUCCAACAUCUCAUCUCAUGCAGAGUAUUCCUGGUUUUCAUGAUAGAUCGAAUGUUGAGAUAUUCUGUUACACGCUUACUGGUGAUGACAACACAAGUUUCUUCAAGAAGAUAUCCCGUGAUGCCGAUCACUUUAUCGAUUUAUCUCAGAUACCGUGUCACGGCGCAGCUGCAGACCGCAUCAAUGCUGACGGGAUUCAUAUUCUCAUCAAUAUGAAUGGCUACACAAAGGGAGCAAGAAACGAGAUAUUCGCCCUGAAACCGUGUCCUAUUCAGGUCAUGUGGUUAGGUUAUCCUGGCACAAGUGGCGCGCCAUAUAUGGAUUACAUCCUGACUGAUCGCAUAACGUCCCCACCAGAACACAGCAGUUCUUAUUCAGAGAAGUUUGCGUACAUGCCAAAUACCUUCUUCGUUGGUGACCACAAGCAGAUGUUCCCGCAUCUCAUGCAACACUUGCGUACCUUCGGUGAGAAUCAAGCCAAUCCCCAGUCCACUCCUCAUACCUCGCAAUCCUCGCAAAAAUUCAAGUUUUUACCAGAAGUUGACGUGAAUCUUCACGAUAAGGUCGCGAAGUUGGUGGAUUACAAGAGUCGAGAUUAUGUUGGAUGUAAGGAUAGUGGUGAACGUGUUCCGUCUGUGUGGCCUACGACAUCAAGAUCUCAGUAUGGUCUACCCGAGGACUGCUUUGUCUACUGUAAUUUCAAUCAACUUUACAAGAUUGAUCCAAUCACACUCAAGAACUGGGUGAAUAUUCUAAAACAAGUGCCGAAUAGUGUUUUGUGGUUGCUGCGUUUCCCAGCCGUUGGUGAGCCAAAUAUUAAGGCCCAUGUGCAAGCUCUUGGGCUUCCCGCUGAUCGUGUUAUCUUUUCACCUGUCGCCCCGAAAGAAGAACACGUUCGUAGAGGACAGUUAGCAGAUGUAUGCCUAGACACACCACUGUGUAAUGGUCAUACAACUGGUAUGGAUGUAUUGUGGGCUGGCUGUCCCAUGGUCACCUUACCGCUUGAUACCUUGGCAUCUCGUGUGGCAGCGUCGCAACUUCAUGCUUUACGAGUUCCCGAACUUGCCGCUAAAUCAAGGGAAGAUUACGAAAAUAUCGCCAUCAGGCUUGGAACUGACAGUGACUAUUAUGCUGACGUAAAGAGACGAGUGUGGAACGGGAGAUUGGAAAGUCCACUGUUCAACAUCCGACAAUAUGCCCGCGACAUGGAAACAGUUUAUGCAAAGAUGUGGAACAGAUACUCGAAUAAUUUAGGUGCAGAUCACAUCUUGGACUGAGUGACCCGUGGAACUGUGCGUCGUAGUAGAGUAACGCUACAUGUUGUUAUAACGCCAUUCUCUUGAGAUGUUCAGGGUGUUAAAGGCGUGAUUCAGAGGUGCCAGCCCCUAUCUUGACCCCACUGGAAAUGAUGUUAGGAUACCAAUAAGGCCAAAAUAUGCACUUCGCUGUAUAGAAAUUAUUUUUAACUGUAACCGUAUGCACGCGUAUAAACAGUUAUGCUUAAGUAUAUGUGAUGUGCUUGCGCAAUCAUAGCUGUAUAUAUAUAUUAUAAUAUUUUAUCUGAAGAACUAUUGAAAUAUGGCAUUUAAAAUUGCUUUUUUUAAUACGAUUGCAAAUGUUUA